AUGCGAGCAUGGCCUGGAUCCGGCUGCAGCGUGUUCGGUCCCCUCGUGCCGCUUCCUUAUCACUCGGCCGCUCCGGUAUCCUCAAGUCGUUCGCUUCGGAUAAUCAGCUGUCCAGUUAAAUAACGCUCCUUUUUUUUUUUGCUACUUCAGGUUUUUACCUGAGUUCCUACCUUUUUCGAGUCACUGACUCAGUCAAUCGAAAUCCCAACCAUCUUGUCACAGACGAGGCUAAUUUCCUAUUUUUGAUUUAUAGAAAAUCAAAGAUUUUUCUUUUCAUAACGAAGCUUUCAAAGAGGCUUUAGCGAUUGAAAAAAAAAAUUGACCAUAACUGAAUCUCCGCCUGAAUGUCUUCAUUUAUUAGAUUUUUUUUUUCAAAGUUUUUAAUUGAAACCAGGCCUACGUUUUUUCUAACCACUAACCUGGAGAAUCUAAUUCCCAAAAAUCUUCCAAUAUACCACAAUGGAGGCUUCUCUUUUCUAAUUUUUUUUUUCAUAGGAAGUCAAUUAUUUUUAUUCACAUAGCGGAACUUUAAAUGAGGUUAUAGGGAUGAAAAACUGAUGAAAACUAAAUCUUAACCAAUUUUUCUCAUAAUCGAUGUCAAUACUAUUUUUCAAUUUUUGAUUUGAAAAAAGGUCUACAUGUUUCUGAAUAUAGAGUUUCUUGCUUGCUUGAACCCGAACUGAAUGAAUUUUCAAUUCCUUUUCAGAAAUUCAAAAUUUGAAAUCCGUGUAUUUUUUUCAAAUUUUGAUCGUUUUUUUCUCCUUUUUGUUACACUUAGUCCGGAAAUACGUGUUGCAAAUGGCUAAAAGAUUCGUUUUUUUAUCGAAUAUUCACAAAAAGUAACGGUCUAAAUAUAUAUAUAUAUUAUAAUCUGAAUAAUAAAUAACUAUCUUUAUUUCUUUUUUUAAAUUUCGAAACGAAUUUACACUUGUUUUUUUGAAAUCUUCGAAAAAAAUUUUUGAAGAUCAACUAAAAAAACUUUUUUUCGGAUUCUGGUCGUUUUGAUAUUGAAUAAAUUUAUACUUUCUAACAAAAUAAUUUUACACGUUUAUGAGAAGUUUUUUACUAUGGAACAUUAAACUUUCAUGAGACAUUCCUCCUUUGAAGUUAAACUUUUCUUCAUGACCCAAUAGAAGCGUUAUAAGCGGAUCAUUUGGAAUGAAAAACUUCUUUUUUUCUCAAUUUCUAAGAUGUUUCAGCAAUUCACACUAACACGUCUGAGAGUUCCAGUUUGCGACGAAUAAGCCACGUUGUUUGACGUGACAACGGUAAUCUGAGAUCUUCUCUACAAUUUGCUCACUUUUUUGAAAAAUAAAAACUAGGCUCCUCCCAUAGAUUUUUUUCAUCGGAGUAGUAGUGAUUGUAGGCUUUUCGCAACACUCGACCGGACAACUGUUCCUGUGUCAAUGUCAUUUGUCAAUGAAAAAGAAUUGGUAUCGGCGUGAUUCUUUGAGAGUUUGGACUCUGCCUUUUGUUUGAAAAUUUGAAAAUUGCUUCUAAAGAACGUUAUUUUGUUCAGAGAUCCAGCUUCAACCUGUUUUGAAGUCCUCGAAGUUUUGAACUUUCAUUUUUUCUCCACUUUCUCUUUUUGCCGCUUGACAUGCUCGUUCAGGGGCCGUUUCAUUCAACUUUUAUGUUUUUAAGUGGGUUUACAAACAAAAUGUUCCAGUUUUUCAUAACACUUCGAUGAUACGAGCUUCAUCUAUAUAGAAAAAAUAAGUUUUGAGUUUUUUCAUUUUCAAUCACUUUUUUUCCUUUGGGAACUUUUUUAUAUUAUCUGCUUGAACUUUUGAGGAAACUCGGCUGGAAUGCACUUUAGGACUUCCUGAUUCCAGAACAGGAGAAGUGUUUCUCACAAUAGUUCUUGUUAUCGGUUUACGAAGUUUCAAAGUUUGCAAAAUACGAAAAUAAUGACAAAAAGUGCUGUUUCAAGCUUUUGAAGCGUUUUAACUCAACAAAUAAAUUUUCUGGGAGGUUUUUUUUUCUCCUUUUUUUGGAAUCAGAAGGGCUCAAAGAACACUUCUGCUAGGUAUCAUGAAAACUGCAACCGGAGGCUAGGAAACGUCGUUACUGUCUGGCAAUUUCCUUGCACCUCAGAUCAUUUUUUCGUUUUUUUUUUUUACUACCACUUUCUAUUUCUCUUCUCUCAAGCCUAAAAUUCCGAAUCACUGUCAAGCUGCUCUCAUUUCAAAGAAGCAAUUCUCACUCCUACUUUUUCAUCCCACCCCCAACACCUGUCGAAACAUGGACUGAUUUAGAACGUAUUAUUGAGGAAAUCGGCAAAAAGCUUGCGGAAACAAUGUGCGCAGCGGCGAUUUCCGGGACGCAAAACAAAGAUUCUCGGGCGUUUUGCAAGCACAGUCGCCGGCGUUUGACUCCAUCGCAAUUUGAUUACGUUUUCCGUGACGCCGAGGCCGUUCUUCGAAGAUUUCUGAUGGUUUCGGCUAUCAAGAUCUUCUUUGCUCUGUUCGACAUUUGAAACUGUGAGAUUGAAUAGUUUCACGAUCUCAGAUUUCUAUUUUUCCAGCUGUAUCUAAUAUUUUUUCCCAGCAAAGCCAUGCGGGUCUUUCAAAAACUUUGGAAUUCUGGGAAUUCCCUUUGCUUCCAUUUUUACUUCUUAAAACAUCUGAAUUUCAUUAUCAUGGUAUUUUCCAAGCUUGCGAUCAUUUUCGUCAUCUGAAUUUUAAACUUCUGUCUCAUUCUGAACUGUUUUGUCCUUUUUUAUUCUCUUAAUGGGUAUUUUUCCUUGAAACUUCUCAGAUUUUGAUCAAUGUCGAGCUUUUCGCUUUUGAAACUUGUUCUAUUCGACACUUGACAAAUGUUUAACAGGAAACUGAGGUUUUUUCAUUUGAAUCUGGUCCAAUAGUAAAAUUGAGAACGGCUUUUUUAAAGCCAUUUUUCUAUUCCAAAUUUCCUUGCUUUUUCAUGCUAUAUUCGUCAAGAACUGAAUUUUUUUUGCCUCCGACCAAGUUAAUGGUUGAUUUUGACAUAGGUGCAGUUUCAGAAGUGCGACUAAAUUUUAAAAGCUAAUUUUUUGAAGUCAAAGAAAGUCGGACCUUUUCCACUGGAAUUUUACGACAAAAUGUUCAUUUUUGUCAUUUUCUCUCUCGACUUCCGCCCGGUUCUCAAAAAAAAGCCAGUGUCGUUUCAAAGUAAGAGGUUUUCUGCAGUUACAGGAAGACUGGAGGAAUGCGCGGCGGGGAAAUUUUCUCCUCGGUCACUUUGAACGUCGCCCUCGCCGUCUUUUCGAUGCUCAUGGCGGUCGUCGCCCUGGGGCUUCUCGCUUUCGUCUUGGCCAAGGUAAUGAUUUUUUUUUUGAAUUUAUUAGGCCGUUAUCCUGUUUAUGUAGCCACAAAAGUGCGUAUAUCUACUUCAGCUUGAAAGAAUGUAAUUUUUUCUCACAGUUUUCUUAGAAAAAUUUUGAUAGGUUAAUUCAGAGGUGGAGAAAUGGCGCCCCUAAGCGUUUUUAAACGUUUACAUUUCAAAACCAACGUAGGCCGCCAUGGCCAUUUCUUAAUAAGUCGCUGCCCAGGGCGCCCGGGGCCAAAGCCACGAUGGCAAAAAAACGCCAGUGGAAUAAAAAGAACGCGCAAAAAUUGGAAUCUUCUAAAAUCUUGUAUAAUCGUUGUUUUCGAAGCUUUAAAACAAGGUUUUUCGAACUUCCAAUUUGGUGGCGACGGAAAUUUAUUCUCUAACUAAUCAGCGGGUUCGUAACCAUAAAUCUGGGACAUCCCGCCUAAAGAAAAAAAUAAAUAUAACCGUACUUCACAUAAAAAAAUUCAACUGGGCAUCAUAUCCACUGAAAAAAAUUAAAAAAAUUAUUGAAAAAAAUUGCGAAAUCCACGAUUUAAUGAAAAAAAUGAACAAAAAUGACCAUUUUUCGCCCUACUUUUGCAACGUGGUAUUAUACGCCAUCGACACAUAAUGAAGCGGCUCAUUUCCUCUCAGGGGCCUGAUGGCUGAGGCGGGCAUGUUGCGCCCUGGAGGGCCCCUCAUUUCUUCCACCUCUGGGUUAAUUCGAAAGAGUUCAUUUUCCUUUCGCGGUAUUUUCAAGGUUAAGAAGGGUUUUCUAGUUUUUUUUAGGUACUUAAAGAUUUUCAUGCCUUAAAAUCCCAAAUACUCAACUUUUCGCGGCUUCAAAUUGCUGUUUUGCUCUGCACCCUCUUCGUCUCUAGGCUACUUUCUCAAUUUGACAUGCUGUUUCUAUUUUUCUCUGACCUCGCCGGUGAGGAAACAUAGAGACGCAGACGCCUAAAAACUGUCCAGUCGCGGCAAACGGAAUUUAGUAAGGGAAACCCUGCUUGAUUUAAAAAGAUUGAAAGAAACGAAAAAAAAACACACAGGACACCUUGGCUCAGCGCGACGUCGCUCGGUCACAUCCCCGAGACAAACUCCGACGUCACGAAAGUACGGUCGUCGACUUCAGAAACCCGAGCAGUCAGUCGAAUCGAAACAUUCGCACAACUUUCCUCUUGAUUUGCAGCUGUUCCUGAACAUUUCUUACAACUCAACACUUUGAUGUUUCAGAAAAAGCCCAAAAAUAAUCAGGUAUCACGGUUAACAUUUAUGCAAUCCACUGUAUUUUGAAAACCAAUCAAAAGUGUUUUAAAAAGCAUUUGCUAAGGAAUAAUUGAACUUCUUCCAUUUAAGGGUAGUUCAAGAUGUCAAACCUCCGUUUAAAAAAAUUGCGAAAAAAAAACUUGUAGCUUUUUUUGUGUCCAAAAGGAAGCCGGUUGACGGGAAACCUCGAAUCUAAAAAUUUCGAAGGGUUAUAUACUUUUUCACAGAUCACUUUAGCCACUUUCAAACACAUAAUUAAGGAUAGCUCAAAAAACUACAUCUAGUGAACCCAAACUCAUUUAUUAAAAUCAAUAUGAGUUCUAUGGUAAAAAAAAAAAGCUUCCACAAGACUGAUUUUCGAAAAAUCAAAAUGAAUGAUAUUUUGAAGAUGAAGCAAAUGGAUCCGAUAGAACUUCCUGGUCUCAUAAAAAUUGGCAAUAAUCGAGCAUCGGAACUUGAUUUCGCUAGUCGAUCCCUGCCUCCUUUACCGGUACUGAGCCCUUUUUCCAUCGAAAAGAAAAUAUGUUAUUCCAGUUGGAUGAAGAAAAGGCUUCCGAUAUGCUGGACAUUUCCUCGAACCAAGUCUCCCCUGUGGUUCGAGAGAAGAAGCAAGUUUCCAUCGACAUGGGCAGGUAUUUCGGAGUUCUCACUAAAAAGAGUUACGAAAAGAUUCAGCACGUCUCCGACUUCGUUCGUCACGGAUUCCGGGAUUUCUGAAGACGAUUCCGAUACGUCUUCCACUCGAUCCUCAGCUACAAGCGACGUAAGUUAUCUUUGAAAAUGAAAUUCUCAAAAAAUCUCAGAAAAGGACUGAUGGGCUAUUCCAUAAAAAGAAGGAGUAAAAUUAUUUGGAAUGAACUUUGAGUUCAACGUUUUUAUGAUAAGACGAUAAUUAAACCAAUAAUUCAUGUGAAAUCAAUAUAUCAAAGUCUUUUCUAAACCUUCCUUUUUUUGUGUCAACGCAAAGGUUUUUUUGAAAAAAAUUAAUUAAAAAAACUGCAAAAAAUGGCUCUUUUAAUGGUAAGUUUUUUUCGAUUUUUUUCCUUAAAAAAAUCUUUUUUUAACACCAACGUAAUUUUAGUUUUGACAAAAAUUUGGUCUUUUUUUCAAUUUUUUUGGGACAUUUUCGACGAAAUAUGUUCCAAAGUGUCUAAAUAAUUUUUUUAAAAAAAGAAAUCUGAUAAAAAAAGUCUCUGAGUUUGUUUUUUUACACGGUGCGAAAUUCCGGAACCUGGUUUUUAAUGAGAAAAACAAAAUGACUCUCGUGGACUAAAACUCAUUUAGUGAGACCACUCCCUUGUAAAACGGCAACUACUAGACUCGUAUUUGAAAAUAAAAAAGACGAUAAAGGUUCACAGACGGUGAUGAUAUUUUAUCUCUGACUAGUGAGCGUUCCCAACCUUAAAAAUGAUCAAGAACACGUUUUGCAGAGCGGCCGGACGAUCGGACCGGAGGACGGGAGAACAGAAAACGUCGCCGAAGUGUGGCUCGUCGAAGACGUGACCAUCGAGCCCUUGGCCGAGAAAAUCGUCGUCGAUUCCGAGUGUCAAACUGCCUCGUUACACUCCCCUUGUUAA